UUUUUAAUUGAGAUAUGGUCAAUUUACUUUGCGUUCUAUUUGCUUUUAAACUCUUGAUCAUCAAUGCUACAUCAAGGCUACGUUAUGACAUCAUUGGUGUUACAUUAUAACAUCAUAGAAGCUACAUAUUUUGAAUUACAUAGAUAAUCCUGAACUUUGAAAGAAUUGCGGGCGGGCAUAUUUAAGACCUAAAAAUGUAAUACCUUAAUGCACGGGCUUGUUUUUAAUGCUCUCAAUUUUUACCUUGCAGGGCCAAAAUUCUCCCCAGCGGCCAAGGAGGAUCCUGCCUGGCGCUGCCGCGCAAUUCGUGGACUCAGACAAACAAUCGAGGGCCCCGGGCUCCUGCAGAGGCCAAGCCCCCAGAAGGAGGCCCGGUUCCUGCAGCGGACUCGACGACGCGCACUACGGGCUGGGCCAUGAAGCUGUGGCGGCGCCACGUGACGCAGGACCAAACCUUGCGCACCGUGUCCGCCUACAGCUCCGAGAAUUCCUACACCGAAGAACCCUACAUGAACCCUGAUUCUCAGAGCGACGUGUACGCCGAGCUUGGAGGCCACGGGCUGAACACUUACUCAGAGAUUCCUGAUCCCGGCAGACCAAUGCAUGAGCAGCUUGUUCUGUCUGACUACGGUUAUGGGAACAGCGCUUACGCCUUGUAUGAAGGCAACUCGGAGCCUGCGGAGAGCAGCUCUACACCUUCUUCUGCCUAUUACUCUGACGUUUCAUCCGACGCAAGAGUCAAUAAAAAGAAGAGGAAAAAGAAACGAAGUAUUGGUAGAGACCCUUCAGAGGAGAUACAAGAGGCUGCAGCACUUCGUCAGAACGUUCGCAUCGCCGCCGGAUCUCAUUCUAAUCCAAUAUCGGUGGGCCAUCUGGCUGAUAUUCCACACCAAGCAGACGCCUAUCCUUUGUCUGUGCGCGCUCUCCCUCGAAGCUACAGCCUUGAGCGACAAGUGAUAGCUUACCCUUGUAUUUCGUGCCCCUCGUGCACUCCUAUUAAUACGUUACCCUCACCAAGAAACAAUUUCAAUAUCUCGCCUGCACUGGCGUGUCCACGGUCGUCGUAUGCUCUGCAGCACAUGGCGACUUGUCCUAUUCCGUCGGUGCGGCCUCCUUGCAGGCCUCCUGAGUGUUCGCUUGAUUGCAAAAGCUCAUAAUCCAGUGGAUUUAUUGUCUUAGCAAUCGAUUCCUUCCUCACAGAAUUCAAACAAAACAAAUAAGCGUUUCGAGUUAUCAAUUUCUGUCACUGGCCGACAUCUGAAGCAUGUUAGAUUGCUGAGGAAUCAAGGCACGCAAAGUUUGUUUUCCUAACGAUAUUUGGAUUUUCUUCAUUUUAUUUGUCGUCUGUCUCACCCCUGAUCAAUCAAAUAUUUAUCUGAUCCUGUCUCAGAGUCUCAGAAAUCAAAUUCUGUUCAAGCAAUUGUCGUGAGGCAUUUAGUUGCACUCUCGCGGCGCCAUGCGAGUUGUGAUAUUGUUUCCUGCAUUCCGAACAUUCAUUUUCGUUAAGGAAGUGAAUAUUUUCUGUACGUGACUUCGUUAAUUAAGUUAAGGUUGAGCCUUAAUGUAAAUAGUUACUGGGUAAAUUUUAUCUCCCUCCCACAGUUAAGGACCAACUCUCCUCUGAGCAGUGAGCAGUUUUAUCAACAUUUAUCAAGCUUCUAGCUUAAUUUUUUCAAUAUUUUCACUUUACUCGAUGAAAAUUCAGUAUCAAAAUACGUCGAAAAUAAUUCAAUUCAAUUAUUUAUUAAUCAGUCUCUUUGUGAAUCAAUCAUCGCUUUGCAAGUAUCAAAUCAAUGAAAUGAAACACAAUGCACAGCGCCUGAGGCAGUCAAUCAUAAAAU